AUGUAAUUUGGUUAUGAAGUGGAUAAAGGAUAACAAAUUUGUUUCUAAGAUUACUUUUCAUAAAAUGAUGUAUUCGAUUUGAAAAUAAGAGCAAAUACUUCUAAUUAUGCUGUAAAAUUAGAGGAAGCAGUAGCAAAGAGAUAUGCCAUCUUAUAUGAAAAAAGCGGAUCUUGGGAGCACAAUUAUCAACAUUAAUCAAGUCACAAAACUUCUCAUUUGAAGUAUUGCUUCAUAAAUUUGGAAGAUGAAAUUGUAUUAUUUAAUGUUACAUACAAAACAGGAUCUGAAUUAGCAGACAUGCAAAAGGUAGCAAAAAUAUCAGAUUUAAAUCAAAUGGGGGAUAAUAUGAAGAAAUUAAAUGGUUUACUAGAUGAUAUCAAAAGAGAAAGAUCAUUUCUUAUAUCAAAAUAUGAUUAUAUGGAUAAAAUGCAAGGAUCGAUUUCAAAGAAACAGGUCGUGUUUGGCCUUUUGUGUUUAGGGUUGUCAUUUAUAAUAACUGCUAUUACUCUGAAUUUGAUAAAGAGAAUUUUAUAACAAAAAAAAACAUAAUGA